UUCACCAUCAAAUGGGUAAAGGUCGCUAUAAAAGUGAGGAACAGUAAUGGGAAUAAAGGAUUUGUGGACAAUCAUCACGCCCUAUUGUGAAAGAAAACCUCUGUAUGAAUUGGAGGGAAAGGUAGUGGCUAUCGAUCUCGCCGGCUGGGUGUGCGAGAGUUUGAACGUAGUUGACUACUUCGUCCAUCCAAAACAAUAUUUGAAGAAUCUGUUUUUUCGUACUUGCUAUCUCCUACUUGCCGGGGUCACUCCAGUCUUUGUCUUGGAAGGAAGAGCUCCAGAUCUGAAGCAGGACACUAUCACCAAGCGGAAUGCAAUUCAAUUUCGAGGAAACAAACCUCGUGAUGAAUCCAGCCAAAAUUCGCAGCCUCCCAACCCAGGUGCUAAGAGUAAAAAAGGUCGGUCGCGGUUCAAUAGCGUUCUGAAAGAAUGUGAAAGUCUACUACAAACUAUGGGGCUGCAGUGCGUUCAGGCACCAGGUGAAGCAGAGGCUUACUGUGCACAUCUUAAUAUGAAUGGGUUAGUUUACGGAAUUAUAAGCCAGGAUUCCGAUUGCUUCGCUUAUGGCGCUAUUAGGGUCUUCCGUAACUUUUCUGUCUCUACGCAAGGAAAUUCGGCUGCGGCAGGAGGUGCAGUAGAUAUUUAUGAUAUGAAAAAAAUUCAAAAAGCUAUGGAUUUCGGACAGAAUAAAAUUGUAGCAAUGGCAUUGCUUUGUGGUUGUGACUAUUCACCAGGUGUGGAGGGCAUUGGCAGAGAUGCUGUUGUAAAGUUAUUUGCUAAAUAUAAGAAUUGUGAGAUACUUGAAAGAAUAAAAUCCUGGCGCGUGAAUGAUCACAAAUAUACGGAACUUGAAAUGAAGGUAGAUGACAAGAAUAUUUGUGCGAAUUGUGGCCAUCAUGGAAAAGCUUUAUCACAUGCCCGGAAUGGGUGCAGUUUAUGUCGAACAUCGAAAAGCUGUAACUCAUCUGAAUGGAAAGAAGAACGCUUAGCUAUUAAAUCAGAGCUAAACAUGCGAAAGAAGGCAUUACUGCAUGACAAUUUCCCCUCCGAAGAAAUUAUAAAUGAGUUCCUAACUCAUCCUGAAACGCUUCCAAAGCUGGACUUGCGUUGGCGGCAACCGAAUUUAGUACGAUUUGUGAAGGUGAUUGGAACCUCAUUACAGUGGACGGAAAUUUAUUGUUUCCAAAAGUUUUUACCAUUAUUGACUCGGUGGUUAGUAUUCAAUCAUGGAGAGAAUUUUCAAGCGGAGUUGGUGAGAGGCACCAUCUAUCCGAAUUUCAUAAAAAAGAAACGAGCCCCCAAAGGUAUACAAAGUUAUGAAAUAGUAUGGAAGGAUGACGAUAGACAUUUCCAUGGAUUGAUACCGGAUGAUCAGCUUAAAUCCUAUUUAAAUGAAAAUCCAAAAGGAAUUGAAUCACUUUUUAGUACUAUUGAGCCUGUGGAUGCGACUGAAAGGGCUUAUCCAACAAUUGUGCAAGAUUUUUUGUCUAAACAGAAGAAGCCAAAGGCAUCUAAAAAGAAAGCUGAUUCUAAACCUAGAACAAAGAAAACUGUAGCACCAGCACCAGGGAAUGACUCUUUAAAUAAUAUGAGUGAUUUCUUGAAAGCUACUGAAGAAAUUGAAAGAGAUUUGAAGAAAUCUAAAAAGAAGAAAAAACACGAUUUGCCGAAAAUAGAUCGAUUUCUUGUACACAAAUCGACCCCGGUCAAAUCUAUGAUAUUGUGCUCAGACUUUGGACCAAAUUCAUCCACACCGAAAAGAAGCGGCCCAUUAAGCUUGUUAGACUUAGAAGAUGAUACUGAUGAUUUCAAUUAUUCUGACAUCAUCAAAAAUAUAAUAUCAAAACCAUCCGAUCUCAGGAAAUACGACGGCAAACGGCUGAAAUACGAUAACGUAAAUUAUUUAAAUCAAAGCAAAGAUGACUUGGAUUUGUUGUCGAAGAAGAAGCGGAAUUUCCCGACAGAAUCUCCAUUCCGGAAUCCUAAACGGUUGAUGCUUGCUGACACGCAUGAUUCACCUUUGAAAUUAAGUGUUAGCCGGGACGAUCUGAAUAUUAGCAGUCGCAAGAGUGAUGGUGUGGAGAACUUGAUUGACCGAUUUCUAAUUAGAGAGGGUGUUUCUGUCAAUAGACGAAGUACAGAAAGUAAAAACGUGAGUUACUUCUUCGAAAAAAGUGUAGGUGGAGUUGAUGAGUUUGAACGUUCACUUGACAUGCACUUGAGCCUAAGCGAUGAACAAAGUGAUAGCCCAAUAUCCGAUGAUGAUUGUUUAGUAUUGAACUAAUUGGACUGAUUUUAAGCAUAAAUUUGGAUAAUGUUUUUUGUUUUAUUGAAUAAAGAUUUUUUUUUCGUUAUUCUUUGCUAA